AUGGACGACAUCUCGUUCACGCUCCUCGACGUUUCCCCCGACCUCGUCGAGCAAUGGCGCAUCGCAUUCGAGCAGCACGCCCCCGACAUGCUCGGUCGCACAAUCACCGUCAUCGAGUCCGAGCUCUCAGACCUCGCCCCGCCCGCAUCCUACUUCGACUGCAUCGUCUCCCCCGCAAACUCAUACGGCAGACUCGACGGAGGAUUUGACCACUACCUCGCGCUCGCGCUCGCCCCCUCGGACCCCGAUGGACGCCUGCGCCGCAGUGUACCCACCCUUGUCGCCCAAAGCGAGCUCUACCGCCGAUGGCGCGGCUACGCGCCCCCCGGGUCGUGCACCCUCGUCCCCCUGCGCGGAACGCCCUGCGCAACGAACGCGCACCAAUGCGCAUACAUCGCGCUCUGCCCAACGAUGCGCGUCCCGCAGGACGUGCGCUGGAAUAGGGAGGUCGUGUACAACUGCGUGUGGUCGCUGCUCGUCGCACUCGACGAGCACAAUCGCGCUGUUGAGACAGGAGCGGCUAGCACGUCGGACGCGCCUGUGGUUCGUGUGGGCUCUAACCCGGGCAGUGAUGGCGCUGCAGACCCGGAGAGACAGGGGGACAGCGACGCAGAAGACACGAGCGGGCGUGCAGAGUUACGUCCAUCCCCAGCCCCGACACCCACCAAGAUCCGCAGCGUGCUGAUGCCCGGCCUCGCGACGGGCACAGGGUUCGUCUCCCCAGCGCAAUGUGCGCAGCAGACUGCGCUCGCGUUCAAGCACUUUGCGGAUGCGAUGGCGCACGAGCGCAAGUGGCGCUCACUCAGCUGGGAUGAUGCUCAUGAAUAUUUCAACGAGGUUGCUGAGACAUACCGUAGUGGUACUGAACCCACUGAAGUAGGGAACGGAUGGGUGAAAGGGUGGUGGACGGGCUAG